UGUUUCCUCUUAGAUGUCAGUGGAACUCGAUGUCUUUGUGGGUAACACCACCAUUAUGGAUGAGGAAGUCUAUCAGUUCUGGCUGGAUGGCUAUACAGGUAUUGGCCACAACAUUCACCAACUCACACACACAUACUAGACACAUUCAUCCAUAAAAAAAUACUUCAUCAAUAUCUCUAACAUAAACCUUGAAUCCUGUUUCCUUUCUGCCCCAUCCUCAGUGAACGAUGCGGUGAAGGUUCGUAUGGAGGGAGGGGUAUUGGAGGAGUGUGAGGCCAGUGCUGAGGUUCUGCGCAGUGACACCAUGGACCAGUACAGAACCUUCCAGAUGUGUGAGCGCCUCCUGCACAGCCCCGCCAAACUGGCCAAUCAGCUGCUGUUCCAGAUCCCACCCCAUCGCCAGGCCAUGCUCAUAGAGAGGUGCUCUACCAUCUCCUGAUACACUUUUUUUAUGUCUUAUCUUCCUCUGCCUUAAAUAUCACCUAAUCUGUCUCUCUCUCCUCUCUCUCGCCUCUCUUUCUGUAAAGGUACUAUAUGUUCGAUGGCGUGUUUGUACGAGAGGUCCUUGGGAAGAAACUCUCGAAAGGGACCAAGAAGGACCUGGAUGAUGUCAGUGCAAAGACUGGUGUCACACUGAAGAGCUGCAGGAGGCAGGUAGCAGAAACCUCAGAAGGCCAUCCCCAUUAACAAUGACUCUCUGACCUGUAACAUAGGAUGAACUUUAAUGUCCCAAGGGGAAAAUGGUCUUGGACACACAGUACUGCUGUAUACAAAAUAGACACUGUACAUCAUACACUUCUCGUAUAGCCACAUACAUAAUAUUUAGCAUAUUCCCUUAUUCUGUCAGUGGUGUACUAAUACAGCUCAGCUCAACGUUUGUGAGACCGUCCUGCCUGUACAGAUUCUAUGAGCUACAGAGCUCUAGACACUGCAAUUCUAAGACCAAAUGUAACUGUUUUUCACAUGCACACUAAAGCUUUUCUCAAUGAUCCCCUUCUCUCCUAGUUUGAUAACUUCAAGCGUGUAUUCAAAGUUGUGGAGGAACUGAAGGGACCCCUGGUGGAGAACAUUCGUAAGCACUUCCUUCUCUCUGACAAGCUGGGCAGGUAAUAGUAGAAUUUACUAUUCAAUUUGAUAUAAUCUUGCCAUUUAUUUUGUACACUUUGACCUCUUUAUGAAACUCCCCUGCAUCUCCUCUUCUCAGGGAUUACGCUGCCAUUGUUUUCUUUGCCAACAAUCGCUUUGAGACGGGGAAGAAGAAGCUGCAUUAUCUUACUUUCCAGGACUUUGCCUUCUGUGCAGGGGAGCUCAUCAGCAACUGGACCGUGGGAGCAUUGGGUGAGUUGUGCACUGCAAUCAUUCCCGAUUCUUAUAAGGCCUUCAUUAAUUGGAGUUCUGAUGUUUUUUAAACUAUCACAGCACCGUAAUCUAUUACGCAAUAUCAGAUGUCUGAAGUAGUUUCUCUUCUCAGAUAACAUGGUGGAAGACAUGGACGUGGAUCUUGAGAAGGAGUUCUUACAAGAUCUAAAAGAACUGAAGAUUUUAAUCACUGACAAGGAUCUGCUGGACCAGCACAAGAGGUAUGAGUGUGGUUCAUUAUUUAUUAAUUGCCUGAUAUGUAUGUUAUUGUUUCCUGUCAAUAAUUCACAUAUUUUUUUCUCUCCAUAUUGUUUGUGUAUAUUGUAUGUGUUCUAAUACUAUGAAUGACAAUAUUUGGUAUUAUCCCUGAUGCCCUAGCUCCUGUUUCUGUCAUUCCCUCUGCUCCACUCAGUUUGGUGUGCACGGCUCUCCGGGGGAAGACCAAAGCAUUUAAUGAGAUGGAAGCCAACUUCAAGGUGCGUGACAACACAUGCUUGUGUUACCCAACAUGACUGCUAACGCUUCAACAGACCACCCAGUUUCAUAGGAGGUGAUGUCCAGUCCCGCCUUCUACAAAAUUCUGUAGAUCAGUCCAUAGAAAGUGUGCUAACCACCCAGGUUAUAUGGGUUCAAAUGUACACAUACAUUCUCUAAUUCAAACAGUUCACUUGAGUUUAAUUAUUUCUAAACUGCAGAAUCAAAAACCUUUUAAUUAUUUGAAGCAAACCCUUCUCUCUCUUUGUCCAUAGAAUCUCUCAAGAGGCCUUGUCAACAUUGCUGCAAAAUUAACCAACACAAAAGACGUCAGAGAUUUCUUUAUUGAUCUGGUGGAAAAGGUACAUCUAUACAUCAUUAGUAGUAUAUAUUAGUGACUGUUUUUAGUCAGGAUAUUCAACUCUGGCUCUGGCUUAUGAGGCCAAUAAGGUUUACAGACUUUUGUGCUACCCAUGAAACUAUGUGAUAUUCUCUCUCGCUCUCUCUCUCUCUCUCUCUGCCAGUUUAUUGAGCCGUGUCGGUCAGACAAAUGGACAGCAGGAGACAUGAGGCUCUACCUCACUCACUACACUAACUCUGCACACAUACUAGACACAUUCAAGUGAGUAACAUAUUACUGUUAUACAUACACUAUAUAUACAAAAGUAUGUGAACAUCCCUUCAAAUUAGUGGAUUCGGCUUUUUCAGCCACACCCGUUGCUGACAGGUGUAUACAAUCGAGCACACAGCAAUGCAAUCUCCAUAGACAAACAUUGGCAGUAGAAUGGCCUUACUGAAGAGCUCAAUGACUUUCAACGUGGCACCUUCAUAGGAUGCCACCUUUCCAACAAGUCAGUUUGUCAAAUUUCUGCCCUGCUAGAGCUGCCCCGGUCAACUGUAAGUGCUGUUAUUGUGAAGCGGAAACGUCUAGGAGCAACAACGGCUCAGCCGCGAAGUGGUAGGCCACACAAGCUCACAGAACGGACUGCCGAGUGCUGAAGCGCGUAGUUCCAAACUGCCUCUGGAAGCAACGUCAGCACAAUAACUGUUAGUCGGGAGGUUAAUGAAAUGGGUUGCCAUGGCCGAGCAGCUGCACACAAGCCUAAGAUCACCAUGCGCAAUGCCAAGCGUUGGCUGGAGUGGUGUAAGGUUUGGUGGUGGAGGAAUAAUGGUCUGGGGUGUUUUUCAUGGUUCGGGCUAGGCCCCUUAGUUCCAGUGAGGGGAAAUCUUAACGCUACAGCAUACAAUGACAUUGUAGAUGAUUCUGUGCUUCCAACUUUGUGGCAACAGUUUGGGGAAGGCCCUUUCCUGUUUCAGCAUGACAAUGCCCCCCUGCACAAAGCGAGAGCCAUACAGAAAUGGUUUGUCGAGAUCGGUGUGGAAGAACUUGACUGGCCUGCACAGAACUCUGACCUCAACCUCAUCGAACAACUUUGGGAUGAAUUGGAACGUUGACUGCGAGCCAGGCCUAAUCGCCCAACAUCAGUACCCGACCUCACUAAUGCUCUUGUGGCUAAAUGGAAGCAAGUCCCCGCAGCAAUAUUCCAACAUCUGGGAAGGCUUUCCACUAGAAGAGUGGAGGCUGUAAUGGCAGAAAAGGGGGGACCAACUCCAUAUUAAUGCCCAUGAUUUUGGAAUGAGAUGUUCGACGAGUAGGUGUCCACAUACUUUUGGUCAUGUAGUGUAUUGUGCUGCCUGGCAUUCAUUAAGGCCCUGAAGUUUUUUGCUGUGUGCUUGCAUAAUAUAUGGUAUUUCAUAUUCAUAUCCCAGUUGUCACCAGUGGGUGUCACUGCAUCUCGCACCAUGUGACUUAAACUAUAGUUACCUUGUUUCUCGCACAGCCACUCUGGAAUGUAGUUAACGGUUUACACAACCCUGCACCACGACACUCAACAAAUACAUAUUUAUCGGACAACCAUAUUAAAACAGGCCUCUCAUUAAACUGAAUGAACAGAGAUCGCUCCAUAUUAUGAACCUUGGCCAGCUCUCAUAAUGAGAAUUUGUCUUGAGCUUUACACACUCACAUUUCUCUCUCUCUCUCUCUCUUUCUCGCUCUCAGACACCAGGUAGCGUGGGACAGGUAUAUGGGAGUGAUCAAAAGCUGCCUCCUCCAAAUGUACCAUGACUGAGACGUUGCCUCGCUCAACCAUCUACUCUCAACUUCCUCUUUAUAUCUGAGUCACGUCGUCUUAUUUCUUCUUCUCUGCAAUCGUCAUAUAAAUCCUCCGCUCCAUCUGUCAGAUGUUUUCCUCCUCCAACGCCAGUGCCCACAUUUCUCCUUUCUUCAUGUCUUUGUUUUAUUUAUCUUCCAGCUCUCCCUUUUCCGUCCUCUCUUUCUCUCACUCUCACUCCUGUCUGUUCUGACACCCUACUCUGCAAUGUCAUCAUGCAUAUCGUAUCAUUUGUAUUGUGUACUGAACAGAAAUAUAAACGCAACAUCUAAAGUGUUGGUCCCAUGUUUCAUGAGCUGACAUAGAAGAUCCCAGAAAUGUUACAUACGCACAAAAAGCUUAUUUCGCUCAAAUUUUGUGCACACAUUUGUUUACAUCCCUGUUAGUGAGCAUUUCUCCUUUGCCAAGAUAAUCCAUCCACCUGACAGGUGUCAUAUCAAGAAGCUUAUUAAACAGCAUGAUCGUUACACAGGUGCACCUUGUGCUGGGGACAUUAAAAGGCCACUCUAAAAUGUGCAGUUUUGUCGCAAUGCCACAGUUACGUUUUGAGGGAGCGUGCAAUUGGCAUUCUGACUGCAGGAAUGUCCAACAGAGCUGUUGCCAGAGAAUUGGAUGUUAAUUUCUCUACCAUAAACCGCUUCUAACCGGCCUCACAACUGCAGACCAUGUGUAACCACGCCAGCCCAGGACCUCCACAUCCGGCUUCUUCACCUGCGGGGUGGGGUGGGGGGGGGUAUUUCUGUCUUUAAUAAAGCCCUUUUGUGUGGGGUACCUCAUUCUGAUUGGCUGGUCCUGGCUCCCAAGUGAGUGGGCCUAUGGCUGUUUCGCUGUCAUGUGAAAUCCAUAGAUUAGGGCCUAUUGAAUUCAAUUGACUGAUUUCCUUAUAUGAACUGUAAUUCAGUAAAAUCUUUGAAAUUGUUGCAUGUUGCGUUUAUAUUUUUUCAGUAUAAAUAAAGUCAACUAAUUUUAUACCGACAGUCUUGGCGCUGAUUGUAUUGCAUAUAUUGAGUGUGUGUUUGUGCAUAUGUUGUGAGUGCUUGUUUAUGUUAGAAUGUCAGAUGCAAAGUGCUCCGAUAAAAACUGACUGCAGCUGUAGGGGUUGAGACCCGUUUGGUCCAAUAUAACACUUAGAUAUUUCAGAGCUUGAACAUGCCAAGAAAGUGGUUAGAAUCUCAUACAUCCCAGCAUGGAUGAAAAUGGGUGAUGACGGACUAUUUUGGAAUACAUCUGCAUAGUAAAUGAAGCCUGAGUGGAUUACAACAUGAGAAGCCAGUAGUAAACUGUGUGGCCACUGGGGGUUGGGUAAGAGCAGCUGUCACCGCCCCCCCCCCCCCCCCCCCCCCCCACACACACAUAUCAACAACCCAUGAUGAGGUAGGUAUAAUGGUACUGCUCUUUUCCAUGUCAAUUAGGGAUUUGCACUUUAGCAAAAAUGUAAUACUUAUAACUAACAUAUGGACACGUAAGAUAAUAUUGUAAAAAAGAUGAACAUAUUUCACUGUUUGUAUACAGUAGUAGAGCUGUCCCAGAGUACACAGCUUUCAUGUAAUUGUCAAAAGAAAUGUGUUGCCAAAGUGUUAGUAGUACUGUCGUUAUAACAAAACCUCUUGAAGAAAUGGAUGAUGAUUACUUCAGGGUCACUCUUUCCAUGCUUCUACAUAUAAACAUGUCUGUCUGUAGAACCUCCAGUUAAAAUAUUUACCGGUAGUUAGAAAAGCUAACUACUUUUCCAAGAAGGCUUGUGUCUCUCUCCUCUCUCCUUCGCUCUAAUUUUUGUCCACAUUCCACCAACUUCUCUCUCAAGCUAUAAAUAUCUGCCUGUGUCAGAUUGGACGGGAGCGAGGGAAACUUAGUGGCUGUACAGAAAGAGAGAAAAAGUUGGGGGAAGUAAGGAUAGAUAGAUUGGGGGAGCGAGUUGUGGGGGGUGAUUUUAAAUGAAACCAGGUGCGUUGUGUGACCUGUGAGUGGGGGCACGGGGGAGGGGGAGUAUGUGUGUGAAUCUAUGCAAGUUGUUGUUCCGCCUGCGAUUUGGACGGAUUUGGGAAUUUGGGCCGCAGACCAGGAAUUUGCAUCCUGGGGGGUCAGGGAGGGGGGAGGAUGGCAGUGCAGGGGGCCAGAGGGGGGUAGGAAUGGGCUGUCCCUCUCGCCCUCUUUCCUUCUCUCUCUCUUUCUCGCCCUCCCCUGCAUGCAUUCAGCUGCUCCAGCUGUCGAUCUGCCCACUCACUCUCUCAGGGCCAUAGAGGCAGGAGCAGGACAGAUAGAGGGACCACUUCAGCUCUCCACACUCACAACACACCAGGGACCACCACUGCCAGGGGACUAGAACAGCACUACACGGACCCAAACCAGGAACCUGAAGAUAACAGGAAGAAGACAAAUUCACACAAACGAAGAAGACUUGCCUGUGAGUUCACCAUGUUUCACAAUGACUUUGUGUGUGUGCGGGUUUGAAAGAGAGAGAGUGAGCGGGUGUGUCUACGAGAGCUUUUGUGAGUGAGGGAGCGAUUAACCAAGUGCGUGAGUGUAUUACGUCACAAAGAAAAAAGUGCCUCUUACCCUCUGCUCCUGGAGGGGGUGGACACGUCACAGCUACACCACUGCUCUCCACUCAACCUCCACGGCUACAGUUGGAUCCUUACAAGAGCUGAGGUGGCAAGGCCCUGUGUGUAUGUGAGGGAGGGAGAGGGGGUGGAAGGGAGGGACAGAGAGCAUGUGUAAGGGAGUAGUUGUAUUUGUAAAUGGAAAUGUAUUACGAAACUCUUGUACAGAUCCAACUACUAUUUCACAACUAUUUAAUGUCACAGUUGCAAAGUCUAUUAAUAUCUCCUGCGAAGUUGAUGCAUGAAAAAACCUGCCAGACAUGGUCAGCUUGGAUUAAACCCUAAGUACAGGAUUUGUUUGCUGGAAAGACUUGCUUUAGUGUGAGGAGGAGCAGACAGGCCCACAUUACCAUAUGGCCACACCAAGGGACAACCACAAACUAGAGAGACAGGUGCCACCCAAUGGCACUAAACACACUGUAUACACCCUCACUCCCAUACACACACAUUACAUCACAGUGCAGGACACUGCCUUCCUAUUUCCUUACAGACCACUUCUGUGCAGAGCAGGGCGCCAUUUUAUCACUGUGUUUAUGUACUCUCAAUUGCUAACAUUUGACAGAAAGAAUUCUGCGUUCAUAGGCCGACAGUAGUAGUAAGGCUGGUCUGGGGAGAGCACAGAGGCACGGCGAGGAGGGUCAACUAUUAAAAUACCAAACUCCCCCCUCUGGCCCACCCUGUGUCCAUCAUCUCCUGCCCUCGGCACACGCCACCUCAUCUAGUUACCACAGCAUAUCAUAAGUAUUCACAUCCCUUGGAUUUUUUCAUAUUUCGUUGCGUGACAAAGUGGGAUCGAAAUGGAUUUGGUUGUGAUUUAUUUUGUCUUUCAUCUACACAAUACUCCAUAAUGUCGAAGUGAAAAGAAAAUUCUACAAAUGUUAACAAAUGUUUUUUUUAAAUGGAAUGACUAAAAUAUAGUUGUUGAAAAAGUAUUCUGUAAAAUGUGGCGGAACAAAUCACAUAAGUUACAUGGACUCACUCUGUGUGAAAUAAUAGGGGUUGACAUGAUUUUUUAAAUGACUACCCCUUCCUCUGUCCCUUAUACGUACAACAUCUGUAAGGUCCCUCAGUCAAGUAUUGAAUUUCAAUUACAGAUUCAACUACAAAGACCAGGGAGCUUUUCAAAAGCCUCAUUAAGAAGGGCAGUGAUUGGUAGGUUGGUAACAAUAACAAAUCAGACAUUGAAUAUAUCUUAAAGAAUGGUCAUGUUACAAAUUAUGCUGUGCAUUAUGUAUUAAACCACCCAGACACAACAAAGAUACAGUCGUCCUUCUGAACUGAGCUGCAGGACAGGAAUGAAACUGCUCAGGGAUGUUACAAUGAGGCCAUUGGUGAUUUUAAAACAGCUACAGCGUUCAAUGGCUGUGAAGGGAGAAAACAGAGGAUGGAUCAACAACAUUGUUGUGACUCCUCAAUAGUGACCUAAAUGACAGUGAAAAGAAGUACACAAAUAUAGACUCCUGUAUGCAAAAAGGCACUAAAGUCAUACUGCAAAAACAACACGGCAAAGGAAUACACUUUUUGGCCUAAAUGCAAAGUCUUAUGUUUAGGGCAAAUCCAACACAACACGUCACUGAGUAACUGCCUCCUUAUUUUGGUGGCUGCAUCAUGGUAUGGGUAUGCUUGACAUUGGCAAAGACUAGGGAGGUUUUUUCACGAUAAAAGAAACAGGAUGGAGCGAAGCACAGGCAAAAUCCUAGAGGAAAACCUGCUUCAGUCUGCUUUCCACCAGACACUGGGAGAUGAAUUCACCUUUCAGCAGGACAGUAAUCUACAACACAAGGCCAAAUCUACACUAAAAUUGCUUACCAAGUAGACAGUGAAUGUUACAGUUUUGACUUAAAUCUGCAUGAAAAUCUAUGGCAAGACUUGAACAUUGCUGUCUAGCCAUGAUCCCCAGCAUCUUGACAGAGCUUGACAAAUUUUGAAAAUAAUAAUGGGCAAAUAUUGCACAAUCCAGGUGUGCAAAGCUCUUAUAGACUUACCUAAAAUACUUACAGCUGUAAGUGGGGGGGGAUACUUUUCUAAUCAAUUAAUACUAUGUUUUAUUUUUCAUUAAUAAAACAAAUCUUAGACAUUACAGAGUAUUUGGUGUAGACCAAUGUGAAAAAAAUCCAAGGGGGGUAAACACAUGAUACCCACUGGAUCACUUUGGCCCAGCCAGCUCUCCAUGCCUGGCUGCCACUAGCUACCCUCUCCAUCACUCACCAGCAGACUACAGCCCUGUGCCCAUGGGACGACAGGCUAACUCCACUGGGGAACUGUUAUGUUUUAUUGGUUUUCUGUAGUUCUACUGUCCGGCAAUGUGAGAGAAAUCUAACGCCACAGGAGUUUAGUGGUAUAACAUAUAAGAGGUUCUGGCCCGCUGGGUGGCAGGUUCAGUGCAGCGAGGGGAACAGAGCACAGCUUGAGCCCACCGGGCCACCAUGUUAGAGAGAGAGCAGCUCCAUGCACUACGGAGCAGAACGGAACAAAGCUGGCUAUAUAUACAUCCCAAGACACGACCGUCUCUGGUUGGGUCUCCCACCGUUGUGUGUGCAUGUGUAGAUGUGUGUGUGUAUAGUCUAUGUGUGUUUGUGUAUGUUGCUCUGUGUGUGUAUAACUGUGUGUGUGGUCUCACUGUGUGUUCUGCCUAGUCCCCAUGAAGUCAUUUCGUUAUGACCCUGCUGUUAUUUUGCUUGGUCAUUCUGCUGACGGUGUGGAUUCAAGAAUAGGGGUACCUCCUGUUGCAGGAGUUAACAUACUACUGAUGCCAGCACAGGAGGUUGGUGGCACCUUAAUUGGGGAGGACGGGCUCGUGGUAAUGGCUGGAACGGAAUUAGUGGAAUGGUCUCAAAUACAUCAAACACAUGGUUUCCAUGUGUUUGAUGCCAUUCCAUUUGCUCCGUUCCAGCCAUUAUUAUGAGCCGUCCUCCCCUCAGAAGCCUCCACGGGAUGCCAGUAAUAUAAGGAAUGCACCUGUACCAAGUAAAGACGGCAUCUGUAUCAACAUCCACUGUCCUCCAAGAGUUGCAGAAUUUCCUCUUCAAUCCAAGUAAAGACGGGGCCAUAUAAUUACUUUAUUUCUGUGAGCAAUGUGUACUACUGUACAUGGUAGACAAUGCUACACUUGUAAAUGUCAUGUUAACCAUGGUUCACCGACACCUGUUGUAACCAGAACCACAAACAAUGAAAAGACCAGUGGUUGGCCUGUGGAAGACUAUCAGAGUGACAGACCAUCCUCCCACUCAGAGACCAGAGGCUGUAGGGUUGGCAGCAGCUGUCCUACAUGAACCAUGGGGGGCUUUCCCAGAACCUGAUACUCUGAGAAACACCGUGAUGGCAGGGUAUCCCUACUGGGAUCUGCAGCCCACAUCCUUGCCACAGGCAUUCCAGAGGUCCAAUCACCACAUGGUGCUCAAUGGUCAGCGGAGGCGAGGCAGCACCUACCCACGUCUGCCUGCUGCUCACAGGCCUGGGUGACUGAGUGACUGGACUCUCAACUGGCGGACAGUUGUUUUUUGGUGGUUUUAGGUCAGAUUUACAACCCCCCCCCCCCCCAACCCAAAAAAAGGGGAUUCUAACGUGUCCUCAUAUUGUGGCUGUCUAAGUGUCCAGGUGUACAGUAUGUAUCCAGAGGUACAGUGUGUGUCCAGGGGUACAGUGUGUGUCCAGGGGUACAGUGUGUGUCCAGGGGUACAGUGUGUGUCCAGGGGUACAGUGUGUGUCCAGAGGUACAGUGUGUGUCCAGGGGUACAGUGUGUGUCCAGGGGUACAGUGUGUGUCCAGAGGUACAGUGUGUGUCCAGGGGUACAGUGUGUGUCCAGAGGUACAGUGUGUGUCCAGGGGUACAGUGUGUGUCCAGAGGUACAGUGUGUGUCCAGGGGUACAGUGUGUGUCCAGGGGUACAGUGUGUGUCCAGGGGUACAGUGUGUGUCCAGAGGUACAGUGUGUGUCCAGGGGUACAGUGUGUGUCCAGGGGUACAGUGUGUGUCCAGGGGUACAGUGUGUGUCCAGAGGUACAGUGUGUGUCCAGGGGUACAGUGUGUGUCCAGAGGUACAGUGUGUGUCCAGGGGUACAGUGUGUGUAUACUCCUGCAUAUGAUGCAGACCUAUUGAAGAUGAUAUGAUGCAAGGUCCACUAAAAGACCUCACUUUUGUGAGUGUGUGAAAAAUGGUGAAGUUGUGACAGGUGCACUGACUGUGUAUAUAGUUGUCCUGGGAACUCAGUGGAACAUUUGUUUUGGUGCUUGAGAAGGAAGGUUAAGCUACAUUUGGAGUGUGAUGUAAGACAGUUAGCAUGUUUGUGUGGGUACACACGUUGCUCUGUGGCUUCUUGCUUGGCCUCUCUGAGGUUAGUGUGUGUGUGUGUGUGUGUGUUUGCAUGGGGCGCAACAAGUGGUUGAGUAUUACAGCAUACUCGUGUGUGUGUGUGUGUGUGUGUGUGUGUGUGUGUGUAAGAAAAGCAAUGAUUAUAACUUUCCUCUUCAUAUAUUAUUUUGCCUGGAGAAAAUUCUAACUGACGUUUUUUGCACAAAUGUCGGUUACUCAGAGAUGUUUUAUUGUUACAUUUGGCCAGCUUUCUCUUCUUUUUUUGUCUGAGGGAGCUGGAAUAGAGGAUUUAUUUGUCUAGGUACAGGGUCUACUUAAACAGCUGUGCUUCCACUCUCCAAGAACAUUAAAUGGAGGAUGGUUGGUCUCUCCCAAAAAGAGCAGCAUAGCGCUGUCUGUAUGCUUCUCCAACUCCACAUGCAGUACUUCAAUGAAUAACACACUAGCAAAUGAUGAACGAUGCCAGACUCAAACAAAGACAAUAAUGGAUUCUGCGAUACUAGUCAGUGACAGUGAUUUAGAUGGAUGAACAGAGCAGAGAUCUGUGUCAGAGCUUGCGGCGUCUGGGGAAACGGAAAGUAAUGUCUUGAAAUUGUCAGACAAUACCCUGAGAUGUAGGAGCUCAUACAGGCCUUGCUGUAUUUUAACGGCUCACUCUGGUAUACUGUAGGUUUGUGUGUGAGCGUUUGUGUGUGUGUGUGUGUGUGUGUGUAUUCCUAGUCCCAGUUACAGUGGGCCUGUCUGGGGGAAACAGAGGGCUGUCUAUGGAGAGCUAACAUGACUUUGUUAUUUUUAGCUGAUGGAUAGAGUACGUCAUUAUAUUGACCUUUCGCCAGCAGGGGGAGACGGGCUUUCUCUCCGUCAUACUGGUGGGGAUUCAGGGGAAAGAUGUUCGAUUAGCAAAUAAUGACUAACAUCUGAGUCACACGGGACUUGUGUGAGUUGACUUCUGAGCCUGGCUUCAGAAAAGUGUUAGAUGUCAACACAGCCACAGUGUUAUGGGGAGUUUAUUAAGUGGAUGGAUUGAAAGCUGUUCCAACUGUUCUAACCCAGGUUGUGAAGUAACUCUCUCUCUUAUCAACCCAGGUUAAUGAGAAUCCUAAGUAUCUAACUCUCUCUCUCUGCAGAUACCGCUGAGCUGCUCUGAGCACCACAACAAGCCGGCAGCUUCUCUCAUCCUGACCUGA